AUGGAAUCUAUAGUUGUCAACCUUCAAAGCACCAACGAGAACCUAGAGUUUGAUUGGCUUACUCAGGAAGUAAUCGUUCCUGAAUUCGAUCAGAUAAUUGAAGCUCUUCGAAUUUGUUCAGACUUGCUUUUGAACAACUCACCACAACGCCCUGAUGAAAGUCAACACAUUGAGCGCGGACCACCAGUGAAGCUACCAAUCCUGCUGCUGAAACUGGAGACACUCAAAGGAAUUAUCACUCGUGAUGGUGCUUACAUUACUGAUCUACUGUUCCAAAUAAAAGAAAAACACUUCAACAAGGCAUUAUCGAGGGUCUCUUUGAAAAAGCCAAUUCUUCUUCUGCAAAUCAUAACGGCAAAGCAGUCAAUCGAAGAGGCAAUAAAGUUGAUUGAUCAAUGCAAAAGCCACGAGUGUCAUGCUCAUACCCAAUUGGUGAUGGCAUUCGAACUGAUGUGUCGACAUCUCCAAGUGGCUAAAACGGCUCUUCAAUUUCCCACAGAUCCUAAUCUAAUCUUUCCACAGCAUUGUAUGCCUCGUGAAUCUUGUGAGCCUGAUCUUCCUCCACUGGUGGCUAUGGACGUUUACAUAAAUCAGGCAGAAAUAUGUGUUGAUCUCAAAUACUUGCAUGUGGUGUCUGAACUGCCAUGGGGUGAUAUAGCUCCUCUGGGGCGGUCGUACGUCGACAUAAUCAAAGAUGAGAUCCAACAAGGUCAGCCUUUGGACCCCAGUUAUAUCACCAGAAGAAUUCAUGAGUUGGCUUCAAACGACAGAGAGUCUCUGUUUUUCUCAAACAUGCUCAACAUGAUGAAGCCGAAAUAUGAUCCUAUAGAUUACGUUACCAAGUGUGUAACUUAUCGAGGUGGAGUGGUCAUGAUCGUCAAGAAAAUCGAAGUGGCUUCACCUGACCCUGUGUUGGUAUCAGCAUUUACUAAGCUCGACUCCAUGGAAUACCUCAUCACCCGCUUCUUGGAAAACCUUAACAAUAUCACUAAAUAG